UACAUAACUGUUGAACGAGCUCCAAAUCAGCUUACCUGUCACGACGUUCUCUGUGUCCAGCCGGUCGAUGUUUCUAUCAAGGGAACCCAAGCUACGACACAUUCUACCAUGCCUGACAAGCGUUGUUUGGUGCUUGAGUGCUGCAAGUGCGCAGGGUAUAGAACGUGGCAUCGUGCUAAACGUCACCAGUGAUAGCUCAAUCGAUGUACCAGAAGGGGAAGAUGUGAAUAUAACUGCACUCUGUGAGUCUGUUCCCAACGCUACUUACACCACAUUGACGAGGACAUCUAUACCCGUGGCAUCUAUGGUGCACUGCGGUUGUCAUGAGAUAGUUUCCACAUGUGUAUUCACACUCCAAAAUGUGAGCCGAAGCCAGUCAGGAGAAUAUGAGAUCUACGUCAACAAUACGAAAGGGGAACACAGGAGUACAUGCACAAAGAUUGAUGUUAUGUAUGCCCCGGUCUGUAGCUCUCUUCAUAAUCCGCACAUGUCAGUGAUAGAAGGCGAAAGGGUGACCUUUAAUUUAUCAGUACCAGCUUACCCCAAAGUCUCCUCCGUCCAGUGGUUGUAUCAGGACAAUCCCAUCAACCUAACCAACCCAAGAUACAGUGGUGGCACAGUCGCCAUACCGUCUCUUACUAUAGCCUUUGCUGCCAGGGAUGACGCCGGUCUGUAUAACUUCACGGCUAACAACACUGUCGGUGGGCUUGAAAAAUCAAACUGCACAACUAACCUCACUGUUAACUACGGCCCUGAUCUAGACUGCUUCAACCCAACUGCAACAAUCAAUGAGAUGGACCGUUAUGUCUUUGCAAUUAAUGUUACAUCUUAUCCGAAACAGUCACGUGUUGACUGGUUCAAGGGGAAUAACCUUAUCGACAGAAAUGACACUCGUUUUGCCAAAGGUAACGUCAACAUUCCGUCCUUAACGCUUAUGAAUGCUAGCCGUAAGGACACCGGGAACUACAGCGUCAAUGUCACCAACGACGUCACCAAACAAUUUGUUCACGAUUGUCACACCAACCUUAUAGUCCAGUACCGACCAAGCUGUAAGCUACUACAUCCAACUCCAUAUGAGAUCAAUGAAGGUAGCAGCAUUACAAUCAACGUCACAGUAAUGUCGUUACCUCCUCCAACGUUUGUGGACUGGAAUCUGAACGGCACCGCCAUCUCCAGAAACAACUCUCACUACAGUGGCGGUAACGUCACGGUCCCAUCCCUUACCAUAAGCGACAUCCGACGAAAUGGCACUGGGUUUUACUCCAUACAAGUAACAAAUAUCGUGGGUGGAGUUACAGAUAUAUGUCGGGUCUUCGUCAGAGUCCUAUAUCGCCCCGAGUGCAUUAUUCUCUCAAAUACCACCUUAUGGGUCACGGAAUAUUCUUCAAUCACAAUCAACGCCGCAAUCGACGCCGUCAAGUCACCAACCACGGUCGAUUGGAAACUCAACAACAUCCUUGUCAAUAGGACAGGGGACCGGUACACAGGAGGCAACAAGCAUGAGAACCCGUCGUUGAACAUCUCGGGCAUCACACGUUGCGAUGCGGGUAUAUAUACCCUGACUGCUUUGAACGGCGUCGGAAGCGUUUUGAACGAGUCAAACUGCAACGUCAAUGUUUCUGUGCAAUAUAUAGACAACUGCACCAACCGCAGCUAUACAGUGUGUGAAAAUGGAACACAAACCCUUAGAUGUUCGGUUAGUUUUCUGCCAUCCCUGAGAAAUGUGACAUGGAGAAAGAACGGGGUUGUACUGGAUGUAUCCAAUCCCCGGUAUAGCGGUGGGACUGUAUCAUCACCUGAUCUCACAAUUUCCCAUGUUAUGCGAACUGAUGGCGAUGUCUACACCUGUGAAGUAGAGAACGUCGUUGGUGUAGCAGGCUGCCAGAUUACAUUGGACGUCUUCUCUCGACCAGACGUCCACGUGCCACGCAGGAACAUAAUGUUGGUAGAAGGACAAACAUCAUCUAUAGGUUGCUCCGUGGAUAUGCGCGUUAAACCCAGUCCCGCCAUUGUCCACUGGUUUAAAGAUGGCGUCAAUCUCGACACUCACUUUGGUCGGUAUAGUAACGGGGAUAUAUACAAUCCCAGCUUGACUAUUACCGAUAUAAGGCGCGAGGACACCGGUAGAUAUACGUGUGGCGCAGUCAACGGUGUUGGCGACAGUCAGUCUGACGCCAUCAAUGUUACAGUGGAAUAUGCGCCAACAGUCUUGGUCAAGUACAAUAACUAUGGUUUCUACCUGGGAUCUGCCACAACCUUGUGGUGCUAUGUGGACUCGUAUCCCCUCGUUUCUCCAGGAGACAUCACGUGGGUGCGUGAUGGGAAAUUUGUAAUACCCAGCACUUCCUGUAGUGACGUCAGACCCAACUUGCGGAUGUGCAAAGUGGACACAAGUACCGCUGGCACAUACAUGUGCCGAGCUCACCAUCGAUUGGCAUCUGUUAAUAGCGCGGACAUAAGUGUAAAUGUAAGAGAUAUGUGUCCUACAAUUGUUGACAAAAUCGACAUUGGUUCUACAGAUGACGACAUAAAAGAAUCGGGGUGUGUCAGCGGUCGCCUAACAGUCCAGUUGAAAGGAACGUCAUCUAGCGGUACUGUUUGUGGGAGGACAUGGACCUCGGCAGAAACGGAAGUUGUCUGUGGCAUGAAGGGAUAUCAAUAUGGCGACUAUUCGAUGAGGGGCGGAGGAUUAGGACCCAUACAUCUCGGUGACGUAACUUGUUUAACAGGGGCGAGGACUCUGAAUGAAUGUCGACUGUCAUCCAUUGCAAAUUGUUCUCAUGACCACGACCUCUGGCUGACAUGUUGUAAGAGUAGAGUCACGUCUCCAGUUGUAGUUGAGACGGUGCCAACGACCACAACGACAAGCUCACCAACAGCAGCAGAACCGAAUGACCAGUGCAAGAACACAGUGAUCCCUGUCGCCGCGGUUGGCGGCGCCCUCCUCCUCACUACCACCGGCCUGGCAAGCAUCUUGCUCCGUGAAAAAUGCAGUGCAUGCAGUUCGUGCGGUUCCUGUGAAGGGUGCAAUUUGGGGAGUUUGACGUGCAACAACGAAGGGGAAAACUCUUUGUGCGCUUGUCGUAGUAACAGAGUUGGUGAUAGCAAUAGCGGUGAUGAAGAGGACAUCCUCGUUGUGAUUAGAACAAAUGGAGGAACAUUAGAGUUUUUUGACAAGGACAACAGGCAACUGAAUGGUGUUACGUGUAUGUGCGACUUGAUACGACGACAUGAAUGUCCAAAUUCAAUAGAGCCUGGACACAUUAACGCUGAAAGGAACAAUCUGGGAAACUCGUGUCAAUGCGCCCACACGCCACACUGCGACUGUAACAGUCAAAACCAAAGCCCCACAUCAUCGCUGCCACCACUAUCGACAAACAAACCAACAAACCGACCUCCAGAACAGUUAGAGACCAUAGAACGGAUGCCUUCAACUUCCUACUCAGAUACAUGUGAUGAGGAAGAGCACCAUGAUUAUGCCGAUAUACAUACAGAAGAUGAAACCAGCAGAAAGUGUAUCUGCAGCGACCCGUCAAGAUGUGAAUGUGAUGCUGCAUAUGAAAAGAUCGAAUAUAAAAAAAGACAGACACUACAAAGUUCGAGGUACUCAAGCGGAAUGAUAUCUACCCGUCAUGGAGACACCACUGACCCCAAAAUGGCAAGCGAUAACAGUCUUGAUCUGAUGCCACCUAUCCAAGUUGAUACUCCAAGAGGCAGGAGGCCUUUCCUGGAAAAUGGUACUGAGAGCCGUCCAAGAAGUGGAGUCAGUAGGGCACGCAAGAGAUCAAAGCCCCGGAAACAACCCACAGCUCAGAAUGAUUCAACAGGCUUGGAUUCUGAUGACCGAUACACAACUUUUUCUUCUGAUUUGGAAGCAAGACUGAUGCAAAACACGAUGCCCACUGAUUAUGAUGUGUUUAGCGCAAUCAAUGGCCACGUUCCGCGGACAAAUAAGGAUGGAAAGAAGAAAAGAAACAGAUCUAAAUCGAGGGAUCACAACAGACAGAUAGAUGCCCAAUCCAAAGAUGCCUUGCUGUAUGAUACGCGAACCUUUAGAGCCAAGGAGGACUCACGUCACUGAUUCACAUCCAUAUAAGACGAUGUCCAAAAAAUGUAUAGGGGUUUCAUCGGACAAAUUAUUAAUUCAUCCGAAAGUGAAACAAAUGAUUAUAUUUUGGGAACCGAUGAAACCGAAGCCUAAUAUGGAAAUGCCAAACAUGGACGAUAUGUCAAGCUUAAGAUAAACAUCCUUCACAUAUGACACGAAACCGUUUGAAAGGUACUAUGUAGAUACUAUGCAAGUAUUUCAAGACAUCAUGAGUGUCAUGAUCAACUUAUGCUUGUUUCCUAGGUCUUCCGAUCUGCUGAAGAAAACAUUACGCGCAUCUCUCAACAUCAGAAGAUUAAAGAUUGUGAACGUUUCAUUAUUAAAUUGACACAAUAUGUACAACUGACAGAAAAUGAGGGAACUAAGGAUUUGAAUGCAGCUAAAUGUACAUCUACAAUACCAAGGCGUUGCAUCUCAACGCAAAAUAAAAUCACAAUAAAGUUUCACAUCAUGCAUAAAAGAGGAUGUGAUGCAUGGUGCAAACAGAAGCCAAACUGUGUGCACAUAUAGGGGAACUCACAAUCACUGAUGCAAUUGAGCUAGGAACACACUUAAAACUGUCUCUGGGACAAUAUCUCAAUGAACAGACAAAAUGGCAAAUAGACGGGGGGACGUCAACAUCCAAAGUUGCCCGAAUCAAAAGAUGUAAGUUCUGGACUGUGGGACAAAUACCAUAAAACAGAUAGGGUUGCAAUGAGACCUGGGCGUGGCAGGCCUAAAACAUGACACCUCAAAAAGAUAAUCUCAUUACACUAAUUGCACUACGUAAUAGAGACAUAUUUGCUCGUGUAAUCAAUAGAGACUUCCGUGCAAGUGAAUGAAAGCGUUUUUCAACCGUUAAAAAACGGCUUUAUGCAGCCCGCAUUGGAGCAAGGCUUCCUGUGAAGGGUGUUACCCUAACAGUGUAAAAAAGGCGGCAAAGUUUGUGGUGGAAUGGGCAACUUCAGGGAGGAGUUGUGCACUAAUGGCCUUAGACCAUUUUUCUCAGACGAAUCAAUGUUUUUGCCUCGGAUUCACAGACAGGCAAGCUGAUUUGAUUAUUGUGAGUGGACAUUUGACUUGCCAGCGAUAUGUUGACGAAAUUUUAAGCUGUGGCAUUGUUUAAUUGGCUAGAAUUAUCACUGGAAAUUUACUUUGCUUAGGGGACAUGCGGCUAUCUGGCAGCUCAAAACCAGAGGGUCUCGCCAGCCUUGGCUGGUUGCCAAAACAUUCCUGCUGCCAUGCAGCUUUACCCAUUCAUGGGAAAGGCAGAAGGAAAUCUGGAGUCGUAAGGCAGUAUGAGGUUGUCUUCAAAACCCUUCAUUCAGCUCUUUCAACGUUUCUGAUACAAACCAAAAUUGGAUUUUGCCUUCCUCUAUUAGUUGGUGGGGUGGGGUGCUGGGUUGAUUUAAUGCAUGGGCAACAGCUGAUCCUCCACUUAAAGCUGCCCAGCAUCACCCCUGACUGACUGCACAGCCCAGGAAGCUUGAGUCUACCAGUGAUAAGCCUAGCUAAUUGGCAUAGAAUAUGGCACUGGGGGGUGCUUCCGAUGUUGGGAAGGUUCAAUGCAUUGUGCUCUGUCCAGCCUGUCCCAUGGACUGUUAACUUUUCACCAGAUAUGACAACGCAGAGGUAAGAAAGAAACGCAAGAAGCCAGCUCUUUGGUUGGGGUGCUGGACAGUUUGCACCAUGGUGCCCGGAUUGUCAGGGGACCUCCGGGAGAUGCGUGGUGCAUGCACGAUUAUCAACAAUGAACUACUCAAUGCUCAGAAUAAUCGGAACUGGCAAGAAUAGAAUGGAGAGACUUCUGAUCCUCAAAAUUCUCAGAGAAUUCAAACGCAAUCCCAACCAGAAGACCCUGCAUGCUCUCAGAACAGAUGGAAACAAAUAACAGUAAACAGCAAUAAUAUGCGCGAAUUACUCCUUGCUGCAUGUUUGCGAGGGUUAUAAAUUAUCAACUGAUGAUGGGAUCUUCCAAGAUGUGUACGACAGCCUCAAGUAAGACAUCGGUCCAACUCAAAGCAAAACGGUACCCCUGAAAUCUGCAACGGGUGAUUUGAUCAGUGACAGGGGCAAGUUAAAGUGAGCGCUUAUUUGAGCACUAAUCUGCUGUAUUCCAGGGAAAACAGAAGCUCUGAGUCUCCACUGGAAGCCAUUUUGAACCUUCUAGUAAUGGAAGAAGUGGGCGAUAAAUCCUCAGUGUUGGGAAGAGGGAGUCUUGCCGAAGGACAUGAGAGACAGCAACAUUGUCACCUUGUACUUAAACAAGGUUGAUAGAAGCUUUUUAACAAAUAUCUAUGGAUCUCUUUGCUGAGCAUUGCAGGAAAGAUCUUCGCUUGUGUUGUCCUCAAAAGACUUACAAAAACUUGCUGAUAGGGUGUAUUCUAAUUGUGGAUUCAGAGCACACGAUCCACGACCAACAUGAUCUUCUUGCAGGAAAGUGCAGAGAGCACACGGAAAAAUGCAGAUCUCAAACCAUUUUGAAUUUUUUUUUUAUACAACAAAAUUUAUGAAGCAUUCUUAACGGGUUUGAACGUUAUCAUCAUUCUUUUACGCAACCUAGAUACUUUUCUUAAUGUCCUAUUCUUGGGCUAUUAUUAAUCAUGUUUAAUAUUGCCUCAUAUUAUGUGUUUACGGACACUUAAGAAACACUCGUAGUUUUCUCGCCAGUCACAUAAAAAACUGUAAAACAUCUCACACAUUUACAAAAGACAACUGUAUUUUAAAAACAAGCCAUAAUCCUAGUAUUUGAAAUAUCUAGUGUUGCAACACCCCUCGCUAUAGCGGGAGUAAAUGUGGUAAACUUGGAAGUCCGAAAACAUAAUCCUACGAUAAUAAUAUUCAUAAAACAGUUGUUUCCUUAUCAUAUAUCACAUCAGUGGUAGAGAGUAUUUGCUGCUUGUUCAACAGAUGUACUUUUCAAACAAAAUCAUUUGCCUGAGGAGUAUUAAAUUAUCCGUGUAUCAGUACGUGGCAGGACCGAUGACAAAUCAUUGAUGUUUGCCAUUUCAUCGAAGACAUAAAAGCUGAAACUUUUGUUCAAACGAAUACAAUAACUUACUGGAAUAUUUAUAAAUGAAAUGGGAAUGUGAUAGUGUUGAAAUUUGGUCAUUGCAAAUUAAAAAGAGAAACCAAUAUGCGGGUUGUUAGUACAUGUAGUGGUGUAUUUUCUUUUUGCUGUGUGAAUUCAUCCCGCAUCUGUAAAACUGUAACUUUCGACGACCAGUGAGGGCUAAAGUGAGAAAAAACUUAUGUUACAGUUAAAUCGUGAAUUGAAUCUGUUUUUGCUCUAGUUACAUAUUUAACCUGCUUUUCUUCAUAAAACAGUCACUGUAGAUAGCUUGUCAACUAUAGAAAACACUAAUGUAUAUCGCAAUAAAAACAUGAUAUAACUAUUUUAGCUGUCGUUGCCACUUAUGUUGACAUUGAAAGCUGUCGAUGUGUAUAUAACAAUAUAUAUCCGCUUGAACUGCAAUGACAUGACACAUGUUUUGUUAACAAUUUUUAUCUGGUCAGAUGAACGUUUUCGAAGAAAUAGGAUAAUAAAUUUCGAGAUUGCUUAUAGGACAAUUGAUGCCGGAUGUAUUGAUCAAUGAACUGUAUGUACAAUAAAAUUACAUCAAAACCGA